CUGCAGAGAACAUGUUAGCCGUGCACUUUGACAAGCCGGGAGGACCAGAAAACCUCUAUGUGAAAGAGGUACCAAAGCCGAGCCCCGGGGAGGGUGAAGUCCUCCUGAAGGUGGUGGCCAGCGCCCUGAACCGAGCGGACUUAAUCCAGAGACAAGGGCAGUAUCCCCCACCCUCAGGAGCAAGCAGCAUUUUGGGACUAGAGGCAUCUGGACACGUGGCAGAACUUGGGCCUGGCUGCCAGGGUCACUGGAAGAUUGGGGACCCAGCCAUGGCUCUGCUGCCAGGGGGUGGCCAGGCUCAGUAUGUCACUGUCCCUGAAGGGCUUCUCAUGCCUAUCCCAGAGGGACUGUCCCUGACCCAGGCUGCAGCCAUCCCAGAGGCCUGGCUCACUGCCUUCCAGCUGUUACAUCUCUUGGGAAACGUGAAGGUUGGAGACUUCUUACUAAUCCAUGCAGGAUUGAGUGGUGUGGGUACAGCUGCCAUCCAGCUUACCCGGAUGGCCGGAGCGAUUCCUCUGGUCACAGCUGGCUCCCAGCGCAAGCUUCAAAUGGCAGAAAAGCUUGGAGCAGCUGCUGGAUUCAAUUACAAAGAAGAGGAUUUUUCUGAAGCAACACUUAAAUUCACCAAAGGUGCUGGAGUUAACAUUAUUCUAGACUGCAUAGGUGGAUCCUACUGGGAGAAGAAUGUCAACUGCCUGGCUCUUGAUGGUCGCUGGAUUCUCUAUGGUCUGAUGGGAGGAGGUGACAUUAGUGGGCCCCUGUUUUCAAAGCUACUUUUUAAACGAGGAAGUCUGACCACCAGUUUGCUGAGAUCUAGGGACAAAGAGUACAAGCAAAUGCUGGUGAAAGCUUUCACGGAGCAAAUUCUGCCCCACUUCUCCAUGGAGGACCCCCAACGUCUACUGCCAGUUGUAGACAGAGUCUACCCAGUGACCGAAAUUCAAGAAGCUCAUAAGUACAUGGAGACUAACAAGAACCUGGGCAAAAUCGUCGUGGAGCUGCCUCAGUGAAGGAGCAGGGGUAGUACAGGACAUGGCCACCCCAAGCCUUUCCAGAGCAAACUUGGGGAAGAUUCACAGUAGGUCAGAUGCCACUCCGAGGUCCGCCUCGAUAGCUGGUCAGUGUAAAGCCUAAGAAAAUAAAAGAGUGGACU